AGACGAAGAAGAAUCUGCUAAUCAGCCGAAGCAGCGUCGUGACGUUAUGUUGUGCAAGGACACAGUCCGGGACAUUGGCUAAAGUUACCUGGAUCUGGUUAGCGAACUUCCAGCCGCCUCACCGCCCCGCUGCCGCUCUUGUCUCCGGGCGAACAGACGGAUGUGAGCCGCUGUCCGGUGGAGGAGGAAGCAGAGCAGGAGGGUUUUGGAUCCAGACGGCCUGGCAGUUCACUCUGGGUGAUGUUCGGCUGGUGAACCCCCCCCUCCCCAGAUGGCUGUGAGCAGAGGAGGCGUCUCCUUCUGGAUGGGUUGCUACUGCAGCCAGAGCCGAAGGAAAGCUGUACAGAAAUGGAGCCGAAGUCUCAGUCAGGUUUUUCACCUGCAGUACCAGACAUGUUCGCUGAGCGGUGCGGCUUGGGCCCUGGCGCCCCCUAACAGCCUGAGAUAUCAGAGGAUGAGACAACCGCUGCUGUCCCACCCACUCCACCAUGCUAGCCAGCAGACGGAGAGUUGCUAUGAGGAGGACUGGGAGGAGUCGCGCAGCGUGUGCGUACUGGUGCCCCAGGAGAAGUUGAACAACAUGCAGGCGCUGCUGAAGCUUCCUGCAUUCAGCCACAGCAGUGACUCUGAGCUUUCCUUUCAACUGACGACGGUGGAUGGCAGCAGAGAGGACGACAUCAGCAUCGAGAGCCUGCAGAGGAGGCGAGCCGAUGGUCUGAGGAGAGAACAUGGCUGCUUCAGGAGCAUGUUUGAAACGGAGGACUGUCCUUUGCCCUUCAUGCGCGGCUCUAGGUUCUAUUGCUUUCAUUGUCCCAACACGAACCUUGGAAUGGGCGAAGUGCUGAAAUCCUGGCAGAACUACGGACUGGACAAGAGGAGCUCUGAAAUGGGUCAGAUGGGUGAAGGAGACGGAGAAGAAGAGGAGAAAUUGGGCUUGAUGUAUGAAAGACUGAGGCUAGAGCUUCCAAGCUUCUUUAUGACGAACCAUGACUACACCAUGUAUUCAAACGACGUGGAGUUCAUCAACGGACUGAUGAACAUGAAAACCAGAGGUCUUCUGGUGUACCGGCUCACGCUCUCCCUGUGGCGCUUCCUGGCCCUGUGUUACUACGCUGAGGCUCGCCUGGACGUGCUGAAGCUCACCAAGCACAUGGAGGACGGAACCAUCAAGGCUCGCUGGAGGAUCAAGGGCCUUCCCUUUCACUCCCUUCUGCUGCGCUUCUACCGGAAAGACAAAUCCCACCUGUACAGGUCAUAUGACGCAUUUUCAACAUUUUACAUCGGACACGAUGGACUCAUUCAUUGUCACAAAGUUGAAAAGGUGAUGCCAGCUCAGCCCCCUGUGGUUCCAAGAGUAACUUCUCUCCUAACGGGGGCUCUAGUCGCACUGGGGGUGCAGGAGCACAGACCCGCUCUCAACCUGCUCCCCCUCCUGCUGUCGUCAAGGCGAGAGAGCAAACAUUGACAGCCAUCGUCUCUUAGUUUAAUGUGAUCAUGAAGGUGUCCUCUCACCCUGUACCCUCAGAGCAUCUUUCUAUUAAAACAAGUUGCAGCUUUUCUCUGCUUCCGCUGCUUUAACCACCGUUCGGUUUUUGGGUCCAGAUGUUUCACACAUGGUUGUCGGUGGUUGAAAAUUUUAGCUAGCAAAUAAAAAAAAAAAAAGGUAAACCGAUGCAGUUUGAGCCAUUUAGAUCAUAAAGCAAUUAAUAAAGCUGCAAAGCAACAGUAUGUAGCAACCUCCCAUUAGACCAAAGCUCUGGCCUGAGGAGGACUUGGACCUGAUUCAACAGGUCUGGAAUGUGUUUCAGGAUUCGCAGCGACUGAAAGGCUGGUUUUGAUGAGAUUCCAGGUGAGCUCUGUGUGAAGCAAAGGAUUUAGCAAAGAGCAUCUUCACCUCAUCCAGUCUAACAGGAGAUAGAACAACAGGUGGGGAUAAAUCGAUCUGGAGCUCCAAAAUCAGAAAGCUGAUCUAAGAAGGUUUUUCUUUCAUUAAAAGAACGGUUUCAAAUCCAAGUCUUGCCGUUUUAAAUGUGCAACAAGUUGAAACAUUCUCACAGGAUAAAUGUUUCUGAAUAUUAACCGUCAUUAGAAAGCAGCCCACCCAUCUCUGAUUAUUGUGCAUCUCUACGGGUCCUGCUUUAUAAAACAAAUCAAUGUUCUAACAGUGGCUGUGGUACAGUAGCACUCUGCUGGGAUAACCAGACUCUGAUAUGUUCAUCUCUGCAUGUUCUAGAGUGAACUUUAGUGUGUUUCUCGACUGAAAGAAUAAAACUGUCUGAUUAACAUCA